GGACAAACGGCACAUGGUCUGGUUCAAAGCUUAGAAGGCAAGGAUUUUUCGCCACCUCGCCUCUCUUCCCUCCUUCUGCAACUGGCCAUGGUGUUCUUUCCUCCGCCAUCUCUGGACAACGAGUGGGAUUCUGAAGAGGAGGACGGCAUAGCCGACCAACAUCCGCUGGACGUCUGCUGUGUUCCAGUCAACUCGUUUCAGUUGGUGGUCAGCUCUCUGCCGGGCAGGAGAUGUGCAGGGAUUAGACGGAGCCUGGUGGCUGACAUUGGGACUUUGAGGAAGGCAGGUGUCCAAGACGUGUUUGUACUCUGCACCGAGGCCGAGCUGCGAAGGUGUCACGUGCCCACCCUCCCAGUGGACUACCUGGAGCAUGGCCUGGUGCCCCACCACCAUCCUCUGGAUGACGACCACCUCUCUCUCUCCCUCACUCUCCCUCUCCUCCAGGAACUACACUCCGUCCUCCUGGCCGGCAGACAAACGGCCAUACAUUGUACAGAUGGUCUGGGGCACUCGUGUCUCAUGGUAGUACUGCUAGCCAUGUUACUGGACUCUGACCUCCCUCCCAUGGUGGCCAUGGAGAUUGUACAGAGAGCUAGAGGACCAGCUGCCAUUCAGACCAUCAAGCAAUACAACUUUGCCAUGGACUUCCGUAAGAACCUCUCCGAGUGUGACGCCAGCUCAUCACCGGGGAACCCCUCCUCGUCUCACCUCAAUCUACCGUCUUCCGCCCUCCCUGUCUCCUCCUCUGCCUCAACAGCUGCAGUCUUCUCCUAGCUUUCUCAGCCAAAAUUCAUUGACUUUUUUGUUUUUUUGUGCUCAUUUCCUCCUCUUUUGCACAUUAUGUAUCACAUUUGGAGGUACAAUAGGGCAAAAUAUGGUACAUUCAAUUUCACUAUGUAUUCAUAUAUAUAUAGGUGUGUAUAGCUUCAUGCAACAUCCUUUUCUGAUGUACAUGCACAUGGGAAAUGUUUCUUCCUAUUAUGACUGUUUUUUUGUCAAAACAAACCUAUAAUUAUAUGUAUAAUGUGUGCAAUAAUCCACAUGUAGGUGUGUCUGGUUUCAUGCAACAUCCUUUUCUGACGUAUAUACAUGUGCAUAUAAAAUUAAUGACCAUUUUUGCAGUACAACAAAC